AUGGGUACAGAUAUUAAAGUAAAUGUACCAACUACAACAUAUAAUAGAAAGUUGUUGAUGAGUGUUGGAGGGAUUAUGGGCUUCUUCUUGUUGUAUGGUGUUCUACAAGAGAAGAUUAUGAACUAUCCAUACGGCGAGGAUGAUAAUGGUGAGCCAAUCUACUUUACCGACUCGACAUUUAUCGUGUUGUCGAAUCGUGUGUGUGCGGCUAUUAUCGCUGUUAUCAUUGUCGUGUAUCGUGGCGAGUCGUUGCGUAAUGUCGCACCACUUCACAAGUACUUUGGUGUGGCGUUGUCCAACUUUUGUGCAACUUGGUGUCAAUACGAAGCGUUAAAGUAUGUCAACUUCCCCACCCAGACAUUGGGCAAAUGCGGCAAGAUGAUGCCUGUCAUGUUGGUAGGCACAUUCAUCUCGGGCAAAAAGUAUUCUCUCAAAGACUACUUGAUUGCCGUCACCAUUACAAUGGGAUGUAUGAUCUUUUUCAUGACCGGUGACAUUGCCUCCAAGAAUAGUGAAAAUACCAUGGGUGGUCUAUUGCUUAUGGCCGCCUACAUGUUCUUUGACUCGUUUACAUCGACCUUCCAGGAAAAGAUGUUCAAGGGUUACACCAUGUCCACCUACGACCAGAUGAUCUAUGUCAACUCGUGUUCGGCACUCAUCUCUGUACUCAUCCUUCUCUUUAACGGCCGUCUCUUCCCAGCCAUCGAUUUUGCCAUGACCUAUAGCCAGUUGUUGACCGACUCGACAUUCCUCUCUAUCUGUGCCAGUCUUGGUCAGAUGGUCAUCUACUUUACCAUCAAAGAGUUUGGUGCUCUCAUCUUCUCCACCAUCAUGGUCACCAGACAAGUCUUUUCCAUCGUCCUCUCGACCUUCCUCUUUAUCCAUCCCCUCUCACCCUUUCAAUGGAUCGGUGCCCUCAUUGUCUUUGGCACCCUCUACUACAAGGCCAUCGAGGACCAAAAGAAUAGAAAACACGGUCAUGGACACAGCAAGUCAGAAGACACCAACAACAAAGAUAAAGAAGCUAUCACUGUUACAGUUCAAUCAAGUAGCAGCAAUAACGAUAAUGAAGAUUCAAACAAAUAA